AUGGCCCUGAUGGCUUUCAGUCUGAACCAGAACGGUGCUCUGUGUCUCCCCCUGGUCUCUGACGAUCAGAGGCUCAUAUGGGUGCGCUCGAGCGAGAUCAACCUAAGGCUGGAUGGCGCCGCGGAGCUGGACAAAGCCUUCGACAAGUUCCCAUACCUGACAGAGAACCAGACGGCAGCGCUGGCGGAGCGCUGCUCCCUGCACCCGGACCAGGUGAAGGUGUGGUUCAUGGGACAGAGGCUCCGAUACGGCAUCAGCUGGGACUAUGAGGACAUCAACAACGUUCGGAGGAAGUUCAAGUUGAAUUGGGGAAAGGAAGAGCUGCAAAACUGGAUGAAGGAAAAGGACAGAGGAGAGGUAAAACAGCCUGCUGGGAAGAAGGUGGAGAAGGUUUUGGAGGAAGAAAGUGCACCUGAGGGAGGGAUGAUGGGAGAAAAUGAGAUGGCUAACGAGCAAUCGGAAACAAAACCGAAGCUUGAACAACCAGGGAAGAAAGAUAAGGACAAGAGGGAAGACGAAGACAAAGGAAAAACUCAGAGUAAGCGGAAAAAGGUGACAGCGUCAGACGAGAUGGAAAUGAAACGAAAGAAGCGACGGGACGAAGGUGAUGUGGAGAGAGCGGGAAGUGAGGAAUUUGAGAGGAAAAAAUCCACCGGAGAAAGAAAAAGGACGGAAGAAAAGAAAAAAUUACUGACGAUCCAAGAGAGGCCUGCGCACACGAGCGUUUUGAUGCCUGACGAGUCGCUGGGUGGAAGUCCUCUACUCGUCUUCCUGUCUCAAAGUCAAGACUCAGAGCAGCUGAAAAGAGAAGACGCCGUUCCCACGUCCACCUCAGGUACCCUUGAAACAGGAACGGAGGCUAAGCUGGAGGGACACGUGCACGCCGAGUCAAACCACAACGGCGCUGUGACUGAUUUUAACCAACUAGAGGAGCUCAUGGAAAUGCUCGAUAUCUCUCUUGUUGCAGACGAGUCACUCGGCGUCACCCAGCAGCCGGGUUCACGUGCGGCCGAGGCGUCGACGCCUCCCGCUCGGACGCGCUUAAGCACGAAGACGCAGGCUCAGCUGGCGAUGAUGAAGGCGGCUUUCUCGCACUGCCAGUAUCCAAACGCCGAAGACUACAGCCGACUGGCGAAGAUUAUCAACAUCCCUCGCCACACGUUGGUUCAGUGGUUCGGCGACAUGCGCUAUUACGUGAAGAAAGUAAAGCCACGCUGGAUGACUGAGGAGCAGCACAGCAAGGCGCUGGCUAACGUCAGGUACCAGCAGCACCUGAAAGCGCUGGUGAAGACAAAGCUACGCGUGGCGAGCAGUGAGGGCGCCGAAAAACCAGCCUGGCAGACGUUGCUUGAAAUGAGUGAGAACUGUUGA